GCCGACGCAAUUACCCCCUCUCAUCCCCUUCCAUCACCGAUGAGUUCCUUCCCGAUCUCUACUUUCGAGCUUCCUUCUUCCUUCCCCACCUUUUGGCAGUCUGACCUUCAUCCCCGCCUCUCCUUCUGCAUAGAUCCUCUGGUUGUUCCCCUCCUCGAUCCCUCUCAAUGGGACGCAUGGCGCAGAGACUUCAUUGAACUCUCACUGUGUUUGGCGGAAGUACGGUUGACGUGGACGAGGGACGAGAGCAAUUAUCUGCGGACUGAGCGAUUGGAGCUCCUUUUGAUUCAGGCGUGGCGGACGGAAGUAGAGGGGGACCUUCUCGAUUUCCUAUUCGGGGCAGUACGUCCGGGCUGUCGGAGGCUUCUCACCCAGGAGCUUACAGUCCCGAUUGCGCAGCUGGCCGACCAUCUAUACGUCAGCAUUGUCUCCCAAGUCGACCCGCGCUUGGUGCCCCACGUCACUUCGCGCACGCUGUCGCCGUAUCUUCAGUGGUCAGCUUGCGUGGAGGGCUUCCCAUCGAGAAUUCCGCCUUCACGGUUGGAUUACUUGGAUCCGCGCAACAUCGUGGAUCCCGCUUUCUACAGGCCGCCGUGCGAAGACGAAUUGGAGGAGAUAAUCCUCAAGGAGCUUGCGGAAGAAAGUUCGGAGGAAGAGGAGGAGAAUCUGAACGAAGACGAAGGGGAGCCGGCACAUCACCAAGGAGGAGACGAAGACGAGCUUCUGCAAACGGAGAGCGAAGAGGAAGCAGAAGAAGAAGACAGCGAGCAGGGGAGCGGUGAUGACAACGAUGAGGAGCAUGCCAAUGAGGAUCCCCAACUAGAAAUUGCGCCGGUUGCUGAUCUUCCGAUCAGCAACGAUCCAACGCUCGACCUGGAGCCACCUCAGCUAGACGACGGCCAUGUGGCCCAGGUGGCUGGGCCAUCCGCUCACCGGCCUCCUUCCUCACCGCGACGCCGACGACCAAGCCGCUCCCCCUCCGCCUCCCUCUCCCUCGCGGCCCAUCCCCCACUUCGAGCACGUCGAGAUGAGGCCGAUCGGCCUUCGUCCUCGGGCUCUCUCUCUCCGCCCCCAUGACUUCCUCACCCUGCGCCAGCUUACCCGUCCUGCCGUCUUCCCCCACAAUCCCUUCCCCCACGACACUUUUCGCCAUCACUUC